AUGCUACCAGUGACUUUUCGUCCAUUCGUCCAUGCGAUUUACACGUACGAAAUCCUACGUACGUCGACAAGCACUAGCGCAUUUCGAUUUUUUGUUUUUACCGAUGAUGUCUUGCAGUGAAAUUAUUUAAAGUAUAAACAAUAACAAAGCUUUUGCAUUCCCCACUCAACAAAACUUCAAGUGAAAUUAAAGCAUCCUAAAUUUUUUCCUCAUCGAACAAAAACACAUUCCCUGUCGUGUCUGACUCCUUUCAACUACAUUUUGUGAUACAACACGUCUUCCACGUACUUUCUUACAAAAAAAAAAAAAUGUACAAGUUAAUGGGUGGAUCGCUCAACUGGUGGGAGCUGGUGGCUUUCAUCGUCCAGGUGGGGUGCGACCUGGAGAUGCUGCUUUUCCCCGUGGAUUACCUCGUGCAGGUAUUCGGGCCGGGCGUCAUGGAGAGCUACGACGAGGCGGUAUUCAUUGCGGCAUUUCGACAUCUGUUUGCCGAAUUUGAUUCUGGUGGUGGAAAGUAGCGCCUAAAAAAGAAUUAUGUAGGUGUAGCACCACAACGAACGGCGACUUAUCUGUGAUGUGAUUAUUUAUGGAAAAUCCAAAUUCCAAUACUCCGCUCAUGUCGUGUUGGAAAUAAUAUCCGAAAAAAUUACGCAAAAAAAAAUCAACAGAUCUGGCUCGUCCGUGCGGGUGCCAUGACCGGAUUCGUGUGGAACAUUGGCGUCUUCUGGUUUACCGGCUACUCCGCCUUCGCACCCAUCAACGCGGUGAAGUACUGCUUUGACAUGAUCCAGAUGUUUUUGAACGCCUUUCUGCUUGCGUUCUUCGCCGCCAGUUACCCGCUCUUCAAGUCCGCUAUCCGCCAGCAAGCAUGGUAUAAUUUUCAGCUGUUUCAGUUUAUUGAUUCAACUUCUUGUCUAGGCCUGCAGCCGGAUUUGUCUCUUUUGGAUAGAGAUACACGCAUACAUCAAAGAAUGGGUUUGACGUGACGUGAGAACCACCUCUCCCCCCCCUAUAAAAAUCUAUUGAAAAACAGGAUCAUCCAGCUGAUGAUCUUUGCCAUCUUCACCAUUGGAUGGGGCUUGAACGCCAUGACACAUCGACCGGAGGGCGACGUGCGGGUGAACUACUCCAACACGGCCAUGAAGGUCGAGCCCCGGGGCAAGACGCCGAUGAAGAAAAAGAAGGCGUAA